AUGAGGGCGAGGGGAAUGGAAAUGGCCAGCAAAGACUGUGUGCAAGUGGCAGUCCGGGUCAGACCCUUCAAUAAGAGGGAGCGGGAUGCAGGCAGUCGCUGCAUUAUCUCAAUUACCUCCAACAAUAUCAGUAUUCAAGACCCUCGCAAUCCGCAGAACAGCCGCACGUUCACUUUCGACUACACUUACUGGUCUCACAGUGGCUUUAGUAGGAAUAAAGACGGUCUGUUUGUAUCCGAGGAGACAGGUGGGCGCUACGCUGACCAGGCGAGUGUGUUUCUGGAUUUGGGGCAGGGCAUCCAUGAUAACGCACUACUGGGCUACAAUGCCACAUUACUGGCGUAUGGUCAGACUGGAUCUGGGAAGAGUUACUCCAUGGUUGGUUAUGGGCCUAACAAAGGCCUAAUACCCACCCUCUGCGAUAGACUGUUUCAGUCCAUCAAGAGCAUGCAAGAUAGCAGGCAGUGUCAGGUAUUUUUCAGCAUGUUGGAAAUCUACAAUGAACAGGUUUUAGACCUGCUAUCGAAGACCAGCCGAUCUGCGGGUGGUCUUCGGGUCCGAGAGGACCAGCAGAGGGGUUUCUACGUGGAGGGGCUGAGGCGGGUGCCCUGCGACUGUGCAGCACAGGUGGAGCAGCUGAUGGAGCAGGGAACACGCACACGCACCACGGUGGCCACACACAUGAACGCCAACAGCAGUCGCUCGCACAUGCUCAUCAUCAUCCAGCUCAAACAGAUUUUCUCAAAGGAGUGCAUCACCAAACAGUCCAAUAUUUACCUAGUGGACUUGGCUGGUAGUGAGAGACAGAGGUCAUCGGGGUCAGAGGCCGACAGGCUGAAAGAGGGCACUGCCAUCAAUCUCAGUUUAACUACCCUCGGAAAUGUCAUCAGUGCUCUUGCAGACAUGGCCCUCGGGAAGAAAGUAGUUCACAUCCCUUAUAGAGACUCUGUCCUCACCAAAUUAUUGCAGUCUGCUCUUGGUGGUAACAGUCGAACCGUCAUGAUCGCAACCUUGAGCCCUGCAGAUAUUUGCUAUGAAGAGUCUCUUUCUACUCUUCGAUAUGCAGAGAGGGCCAAGCGGAUCCAGAAUAAAGCCGUGGUGAAUGAAAGUCCCACAGAACGACUAGUGAAGGAACUCAAGGCAGAAAAUGCAAAACUAGUUCUGAGACUAAGCCGACUGGGCCAAGAAGGCCGUAAAGCUGAUGAUGAGACGAAAGAGCUGCGGCGAUUGUUGACUCAUAAUGAGCUGCAGAUUCGAGCCAUUCAGACGUUGUGGGAACAACAUCUCCAAGAGGCCCUAAAAGACUGGGAGAAUCAGUAUGCAACUAUAACACAGGAGCGAAGGAUGAUGCAGAUGCAUCCGUACAUAAUGAACAUCAAUGAGGAUGCUCAGCUGUCUGGCGUCGUGAAGCUCUUCAUUCAGGAAGGUGAAUGGGAUAUUGGUCUGGCGGACAAUUCCCCCAGAUCGCUCUGCAUCAGGGGUUUAGGAAUUCAGGACAAACAUGCUGUUUUCUCAAACCAGCAAAGGAGAGUAUCAAUUACUCCUGUGGCCGGGUCAAAGGUCAUUGUGAACGGCGUGCCAGUAUCUAAGAGGAUAGAGCUGCAGCAUUUGGAUCGACUCGUCUUGGGUUCGAACAGCACUUACCUGUUUAUUGGCUUCCCUUCGGAGCGUUCAGGAAUGGACUGGAGUCGUUAUGAUUAUGAUUAUUUCCAGUCUGAGCUGGCAGCGGCCGAGGGCUUCCACAUUCAGUCUCUGUGUGACGAUCAGGGGCCACACCAGCCUGACCCCAGUCUACUGGCUGUGUUUUAUGACUAUAUAAAGCUGAUGCCCAUGGUGACAGAAGCUAACCAAAUGAGUAAAGAGUUAAAGAAGGGAGUUGAAUUCAAAUUGGAAAUCAAGAACCUGGCAAUGUCAGACUCUAAGGGUCAUGACCUGGAGAAAGACAUUGCAGUGAGAGUGACAUCUGUGGAGAGCAAACAGGUAUGGAUGUGGUCCAAAGCCAAAUUUGUCAACCGUAAGUUUCUGAUGGAGGAGGUGUACCAGCAGCAGGUGGUAGGAGGAGAGGGGGCAGACCGAGCUCCUCUUCCCAGGGACAGAGAUCCGUUCUGGGAUCCUCUGGAGCCCUUGCACCUGGGUAGCGCUCACCUUUGGCUGCAGUCUCUGGCGUUCCGCAUCCCUCUUGAGGAGCAGGUGGACGUGGUGGGUCCGGAAGGAACAGAGGAGGCCAUACUACAGGCACAGCUGGUGCCCUGCAGCCCAACAGGAUUGCCCCUGGGAGAGGACGACAUCCUUAUUGACCCGUCAGAGCUGCUUGGGAAACGACUGGACUUCCAGCUGGUUUUGGAUCAGUGCUGUGGUCUACGCUGGGUUAAAGAGGCCCGGAACCGAGGCGUGCAAAUCGGGUUUCAGGUGUUUGACUGUCCACAGCCUCUAUACACUCCAGCGGUGUGGCACAACGUGAACCCGCUCUUGGAUCACAGAAUCCAGUUCACUGCUCUGAGAACCUCUCAGGAACUGCUCAACUUCCUCCAGAGCAAUGCCCUGGUGCUGGAGCUGUGGGGCCUGCAGGAAGGAUGUUCUGAAUUAGUCUCCAGCAUGGAUGGAGUGAAGAUGACUCAAGAGGACAGCAUAAUUAUUGACAAGAUUAAUGCAUCAGAACACUUGACUGCAGAAACUGGAGGCUCUGACCUCAGCUCAUCUCUCCGAGCCCUUCAUCAGGACUUGGAACAGCUGAGAAAUUCUAACGCAGCACUACGGAAAGAAAACAGUGCUCUGAGAGAGCAACUCAACUCAGCCAGAAAUGGUGUGGAGAAUAACCGCGGUCGGCAGGAGCGCAGAGGCAGUCUAAGGCCCAGCUGUGAUGCUGAGUUUGCCAAAGCCUUAAAAGUGUUCUACCACAGCAUGACCUCUGUUAGGGGGCAACUUCAGCGGCUGCGCAGACACAAACCCAGUGAGGAAGCAGACAUGCUAGGUCUCAGACUGUUUGUGGAUGAACAUACGUACCUCCUGAAGGACUUCUCUGAACAGCUGGAACAGUGCGUCACCACUCUCAAACAGGAUGUGGCUGCCAUUGUACGUCGAAAACGAGAAAAGUCUGGGAUUUGGUCCUGAUACGCCUAUCAUCUUGAUUCAAGGUUGACAAAGAAUUAGAUUCAUGAAAAAGACUUACUGUAGUAUUUGCAUUUCUUUCUUUUUCUUUUACUAUUAAUGUUCUGAUUUAGACUCUUUAGUCUUCAGAGUGCAUUUAGAACAGGACACUACUUAUUAUUUUGAAACGGUUAAAUGCGUUAUGUACCAUUUAUUCAUGUUUACACGGUGUGAGAAUUGUUUGUUUAUGGGAAUAGUUUGAUUUCUUGAUACAUUUGUCAGAAUGUAUUCAAUUAGAGUGCACUGCACUGAAUGUUAUAUCCCACAAUUCAAUACACUCAACCAUUAAAUUCAUUAAUUUGACAAAUUAACCACAAUAGAACUGUCAACCUUGACUGGAAGUUUUGACCCGUUAUUUGUUAGGCUGGGUAUUGAUACAAAUUUAUUCAUUUCGGGUACAGUACAUCUCAGAAAAAUCUCAACUAAUGCUGCAAAUAAAGUGUGUUGGUACAUUACUAUAAUAUUAAUGGUUCAA